AGAACUUUAGCCACAUUAAUUGUGAAAUCCGCUUUGAUAAUAACGAAAAAUACACGAAAUAUAGGAUUCCGUAAUAAUGCAGCAAGUGCUAGGUCGAAUCCAAGCGCAAAUCCUGCGCUCCCGGGCCACCAAUGCCCUGGCCACCAGGGUCAGGCAUGAGGCCACAUCCGCCAAGUCGAAACCGGCGGCCACAUCCAAAGAAUUCCGGGAGCGACAGGUUCGCUUUAACAUCAAGAACGAACAGACGCAGGGCCGACCCCUGUACCUGGACGCCCAGGCUACCACACCAAUGGACCCGCGUGUGCUGGACGCCAUGCUGCCUUAUCUGACGAACUACUACGGUAAUCCACACUCUCGCACCCAUGCCUACGGCUGGGAGACGGAGCAGGCGGUGGAGAAGGCACGCGAGCAAGUGGCCCAGUUAAUUGGGGCCGAUCCCAAGGAGAUUAUCUUCACAUCCGGCGCCACAGAGUCCAACAACAUAUCCGUGAAGGGAGUGGCGCGAUUUUAUGGUACCAAGAAGCGGCACGUGAUCACCACUCAGACGGAGCACAAGUGCGUCCUGGACUCAUGUCGUGCGUUGGAGAACGAGGGCUUUAAAGUCACCUACUUACCGGUACUGGCCAAUGGAAUCAUUGACCUCAAGCAGCUGGAGGAGACGAUUACGCCGGAGACAUCGCUGGUGUCCAUUAUGACGGUGAACAACGAGAUUGGCGUCAAGCAGCCCAUCGACGAGAUUGGAAAGCUCUGCCGCUCCCGUCGCGUAUUUUUCCACACGGACGCCGCCCAGGCAGUGGGCAAGAUUCCGCUAGACGUGAACGCUAUGAACAUUGACUUGAUGUCGAUAUCUGGCCACAAGCUCUAUGGUCCUAAGGGUGUGGGUGCCCUCUAUGUGCGUCGCCGACCAAGGGUACGCUUGGAGCCCAUUCAAAGUGGUGGCGGACAGGAGCGCGGAUUGCGUAGCGGUACCGUUCCGGCUCCCUUGGCCGUGGGACUAGGAGCAGCUGCAGAACUGGCCCUCCAAGAGAUGGACUACGACAAGAAGUGGGUAGACUUUCUAUCCAAUCGCCUGCUGGACAGAAUUUCGAGUGCCUUGCCGCAUGUGAUUCGCAACGGUGAUCCCCAUGCCACCUACAACGGAUGCCUAAACUUGUCCUUUGCCUACGUCGAGGGUGAGUCCCUGCUGAUGGCCCUCAAGGAUGUGGCCCUAAGCAGCGGUUCCGCGUGCACGUCUGCCUCCCUGGAGCCCUCCUAUGUGCUGCGUGCCAUUGGCACUGAUGAGGAUCUGGCGCAUAGCUCCAUACGAUUCGGUAUUGGCCGCUUCACCACCGUCGAGGAGGUGGAUUAUACCGCGGACAAGUGCAUAAAGCAUGUGGAAAGGCUGCGCGAAAUGUCGCCACUGUGGGAGAUGGUCCAGGAGGGCAUCGACCUGAAGACCAUCCAAUGGUCGCAGCACUAAUAAUCGUAGACGUUAGCCAGUUAGUCAGUUACUGUUACCCCCAAGACUCGGGAGAUCUGAGAUCGAGCCCCGAAGCAAAUAUAAAUUAGUUGGAAGAGUA